CAGGCACUGAGUUAAUAAAAAAUAUUUUUUUAAAUUGUUCAGUGGUUGACCCACAUAACCUCUCAGUUGUUAAUUUGAACUACCGCGCUCUUUCAUGUAUUAUGUAUAGGUCAAGGUUACUCGAUUGUUUAUGUUGUUAAAUCGAUGAAUGAAGGAACACCAUGAGGGAACUCUUGAAGAAUAAACUGUGGUUAUUAUCUUCCGCCGCACUUUUGGUUCUUCCUUUAUACACGUGGAGACGUCUGAUUAAAAGUUAUAGGAAAGAGAUUCACAAUUACGAGAAUGAUAUUCUCUUCCACAAUCGCCACAAUUGUGUUGUGAUGUAUUCCCCUAAAAAGGGAAUGAGUGGUUGGCCCCCUAAUACCGGUAGGGUAAAGCCCAAGAUAGUAGAUGGUAUUGGUACAUUAUUUGAACCGAUCAUUUACUUUAUUAACACUGCCACACAAACAUUAGAUAUAGCUAUGAUGAUUUUAAGUUUUAACGGAGUACUGAAUGCUCUAGUGGAAGCUAAUAAGCGUGGUGUAAAAAUUAGGCUGUUACUCAAUUACAAUCACGCAGAAGGCUUUUUAAAUAAUUACAGAAAGUUGAUAAAAGAAGGCAUUAAGAUCCAAUUCUACAUCCAAAAUUCUAAAUUGGACAUUAUUAUGCAUUACAAAUACAUGUUGAAAGAUUACAGCGAUUCAGGUGGAUUUGUUUCCAUGGGAUCCAUGAACUUAACUAAAUCAUCAUGUCUUAAUAAUUUUGAAGACAUUGUGUUCACUUCUAAUGAAUAUGUUGUUGAAUCUAUACAUGAAAAUUUUGAGGAAUGCUGGAAUUACAUUUGCACAGAAAAUAAAAGUAAAGAUUAUAAUAAAGCAAUACUUGCACAAAAAAAUUUAUUGUAAAGUUUAUCAAUCACUGCCAGGAAAAGUUGAUCUCAUUUACUGAAUGACUAUAAAGUUGUUAUUAAUGAUUAUUGUUAUGUUUUAAUAAAUAUUUAAUUAAGUUUA